AUGUUAUAGUUUUAGCAACUAAAAUUGUUGCCCAAGGGUUAUAAGAACAAUUUCGUUUGGUUAUAAUGCAGAAACUAACAAAGUAACAAUGAAUUCACCUGAGGAUAUGUAUCAGUUAACAGCUGACCAAUACUUAGAAAAGACCAAUAUCCUGAUCUAUAUUGAAGAUGCAGUCGCACAACUUCUUGAACACAAAGAAGAAAAUCCUAAAGUUAAUCCAUCAAAAUUUUUCAGUGAUUACUUUGUGAGCUUGAGGGAGGGAAACCACACAUUGUUCCGUGACUACCACUUCAUCCAUGCCACUCCACAUAACAGGAGCUCAUUUGUCAAAACUUUCUGGAAAUGCUUUAGACAUGUAGGGAAACAGGGAGAUUUGUUGAGUAUUCAAGAAUAUCAUGCUCUGAUUUGUCUGUUGUGCAAUGACUUCCCAUUUGAAACAGUUCAGAAAACUGCAAGGAUUAUUCUCAUGGAUGAUGCCUUGGACUGCUUGAUCUCUUUCACUGAUUUCCUCUAUGCAUUCCAAGUGCAGUUCUAUUAUGAAGAAUUCCUUGAGAAAUGCACAGAGGUGUACAAAGCCUUGCUGUCUGCGGGGAGCCCCAGGGAGACAGUGGUUGUCCCCACAUCUGAUGAGGAGGAAAGUAAAAGUAACCCACACCAGCUCAGUAACGGUCACCACACGUCCAGUGAUGGAGUGGACUCUAUGCAGUUUUAUAGGGCUCUGGUCAGCCUUUCACAUGAAUUCACUCUCAGUUUUCCCCCUCUGCCCAUUCUAAAGGAGCUGUUGUCAGUUGCUCCCCGUGUGUCUUUCUAUGGAUUCCUCAUGGCCAUUGCCAAGUGUGAGAAGAUCAAUGCAUUCAUAGGGAAGCUCCCGUCGAAGUCCGAACUCCUCGCAGUUCCAGAUCAAGAUCUCACCAUUCCACCCAUUAGACCUAGUACUGCCAGUAGAGUUGCUAAUAGACCCCCUUCAGGGACAGCAAGACCUGUGUCCUCCACUAGUGAUGCUGGCAAACCUCAGCCAACAGAUAACAAAGUGCCAAAGUCUGCCCACUCAAAACGCUCCAAAGCUAAACCAACCCCAAAGCCAGUGCAACUAGAGCCGAGUGAUGCUAGUGGAGCUUCCUCUAGUGGGGAGACUGAUUCUGGGUCAGGGUCUUCUACAAACUAGUAGCGGUCUCAGUUGGUUAGCCAGAGUUUCAGACCUGAUUCAAACCAGCUUCUUCAUUUUUAGACUUGUAACACUAGCCUGCUUCUCUGAGCAGCUUGAGUGGAUUGGGAUUUGAAAAUGAACAAGCAGGCAUGCGUCAUAUUUGAAGCUCAGGGUAGAUAUGGCCAAUUUGCAGUUGCUUUUGUACAUAUUACCUGCUUAAUUCCUCUGAACAAAUGGUUGCAAAACCAAGGAUUUACUUUAUGAGUGGAGAAAGAUCUUUUAGAAUUUUAGUCACCAACACAAGGUUUUUUUUUUUUUUUUGCAAGACUUUCUUUAGGUCAUACCAUUGGGAGAUAAAUGUGAUAUUUAUGACUAAGGUCACAAGAGGGUUGCUAAAUGAUUUUUUCUCUAACAGCAUUAUAAGAAUACUUGGGCUGCAUUGAGUGUGACCUCAUUUUAAUUUAUUCAGAAUAUGAAGAGAUUCAUGUACAGUCUUAUUAUUUUUUGCAUGCAUUUAAUGUAGAUUUGUAACCAGUACCAUUUACCAUGUUUUUAAGUGAGGAAAAAUGAAGAGACUGAUGUUAACAGAAA